AUGAAGGUGUCGAUUUUCUUCGCAUUGCUGAUCGUCGUCCUCAUCCCGGGACAAGCACCAGCAGCAUCAACCUCGAACCCAUCAUCAUCACAGCAACCCUUCCUCGCAUCCCACAUCAUUUCCGAGCACGGCAUGAUUGCUCAGGAACAUUUCCCCAGCAGCAACAAUAAUUCAUCAAUGUUGUCCUCAAACCCGACCCGGGGACGAAUGAUAAUGAGAACCAAACGCAACGCGAUGUUGAGAAGCGGCGAGUUCCCUUGCUACGCCCCCGGGUUCUACCCGAAACCCGGCAGUUGCACCCAGUUUGUCCGCUGCGUGGACUUUCACAACACCGGGCGACACUACACGGUGUUUACGUUUUCCUGCGGACCCGGCACCGUGUUUGACGAACGCAUCAUCGGGUGUAAUCACCCCUGGGCUGUGCCUGGCCUCAACUGCGCACCCCACGAAUUGGCGGCCCUCGGGAUGACGCCAAAGGGUGGUGGGCAUCAACAACAACAACAACAACCGCAGCGAAGGACUCAUCCUCAGCAGCAGGCCCCAUCAGGAACCCGAAGGGCGCAGCAACCAAAGGGGUACAAUAAUAACAAAAGACCGCAACCCGCGCCCGCGGGUCGACGGGGUCCACCUGCGCAAAGAAGGCUGCAACAGCCAGUGCCAGUGAGGCCCCAGCAGCCACAAAGACCUGUUCCAGGAAGAAGCCUGGGUCAGGCCCAGGUCGUGGGAAAAAAACCGGCUCAUCCCUCAAGAAAUGCUGCAAGACCUCCUGCGAAAGCAGCUCCACCAAAGAGACCACUUCCAAAAGCAACACCUCGACAAGGACCACCACCACCAGGAAAAUACCCAGCUCAACCACGAGUGGCACCUAAGAAACCACCUCCAAAAGCAACACCUCGACAAGGACCAGCACAAGGAAAAUAUCCAGCUCAACCACAAGUGGCACCUAAGAGACCACCUCCCCCAGGACCAGCACCAGGAAAAUCCCCAGCUCAACCACAAGUGGCACCUAAGAGACCACCUCCAAAAUCAACACCUCUCCAAGGACCCGCACCAGGAAAACCCCCAGCUCAACCACGAGUGGCACCCAAGAAACCACCAGCAAAAGCAACACCUGUAAAACCAAAAGCUGCCCCAAAAGCAGCAGCAGCUCCACAAAAGGCCAAGAAAACUCCUGCUCAGCCAAGACAACCGCAACCAAAACCUGCGGCAAAGAAGUCCCCCAGACCAAUUACACCCACAUCUGGAAAGAAACCAGCACCAGCAGUGGCACCAGCAGGCAAGAAAAAACCCAAUGGGAAACCAAAACCUGCCCAGCAACAGAAAAAGAAACCAGCACCAAAAGCCAGUCCACCAGUGAGCAGAGCUCAGUUAGGCAAACCCAAACCCAAACCACAAGCCCCAAAACCAGUUUCAAAGCAGGUGCCCCAAAGGUUGGAACCACCUCAUGGAGAAACAGGAGGAACCCCAGGAAACAUGAACAUCAAGCCUCACAUCACUUGCACUGCCCCAGGGUUUUACCCCAAUCCAGGGUCUUGCACCAAAUUCUACAGAUGUGUUGAUUGGAAUAAUGAUGGUUCCAACUUUGGCUUCUUCCAGUUCACAUGUGGUCCAGGAACCAUGUUCAAUGAUGAACUGGACACUUGCACUCAUCCUACAUCUGAUGCCAUGACAGCGUGUCCAGCCAGUGAAAUGGAUUCCUUAUUCCCACAGCCAGAACCUGAGCCAUCAAUUAGUAGUAGUGGUGCUGGUGGUGGCACCAGUGCUGGAGUUGCUCCAGUGGAACCAGUAGCAUCAGACACCCCAGUUGAGAUUCCAGAUGAGCAGAGCACAGAAGGAAAUAUCAUCCCUGUGGUGGAAACUUCUCCUACUCCAGUGCCCACAAUAAUACUUUCCACUGAAACCUAUGCAACUGAACCUGCAUAUGGCCCUGGUGAGGAAGUUGGUAUUCCACCUGGACAACAACCAGCACCUCUUAGCACUGAGGGCAAUGUGACUGUGGAAUAUCCCCUGCCUUGUGAGGAACCUGGAGUCUAUCCUGUGCCAGGCACUGAGGGCAAUGUGACUGUGGAAUAUCCCCUGCCUUGUGAGGAACCUGGAGUCUAUCCUGUGCCAGGGUCUUGCAACAAAUUCUAUCACUGCAGUUUUGAUUCUGGAAAUGCCCCUGUUGUGGCUGCCUUUGAAUGCCCACCAGGGGAAGCAUUUGACCAAGCUGGGCUUUCAUGCACUGGACACACUGACAAUUUGAACACAAACAAGUGUCCUUAUGAUGAACUGGAGACCAUAUUUGGAGAUGAUCCUGCACAGGGUGUGACUCAGGAGGCUCAGCUGGGUGAUACAGGCACAACUGAGCCACCUUUGGUACAUACUGAGGCGCCAUCAUGGAGUGCUGAUGAGCAGCAAGUUGCGCCUUCUGAUGUGCCUGUGGAACAACCAUGGAGUUCUGGGCAAGAAACACCUAUUGCUGAACCUGUUCAUCAGCCACAGCAGCAGCAACCAUGUCAGUCAGCUGGUGGAAAGCCUGUUUGUUCGCAGGAAGGAUUCUUCCCCUAUCCUGCCUCCUUUGACUGCCCUGCUGGAACCAUGUUUGAUGACAGCCUUGAUGUGUGUAACCAUCUUUGGGCUGUCACAUGUCCAAAAGAAGAAUGUGCUGAAGAGCAGGCAGUUCCACCAUCAGAUUCUGCUACUGUGGACUGCGCCCAGCCUGUGACUGAUGCUACUCUGUGCAAGUACCCUGGCUUUUUCAGGACCCCUGGAACAUGCAACAAAUUUUACAGAUGCUGGUCCGUGGGCAGCUCUUACCAAAUUGCUCACUUUGACUGCCCUGCAGGCACUGUUUUUGAUGAAAAUUUGAGUGUCUGCAAUCAUAUCUGGGCUGUGUCUUGCAAUGAACAGACUGUCCAUCAGGAGGUCUGCAGUGGUGUCCCACAGCAGAUAUCAGGAUUUCCUGAUGAUUCCAUUUCAGCACCUCUUGAACCCAGCCCAGUGGAACCAGAAAUCCCAACUCAGGCUCCUGUUGUACCCAGUUCACCAGCAACUGAAGCAACCCCUUUGCCACAAGCCAGUGAUGAUCCAUCAGUAACAGCCAGUGAGCCUGCUGAGAUUUCUCCCACUGAAAGUAGUGCACCAGCAUCAGAAGCCACAGAAACUACUGAUUCAGCUACAGCAAGUGAGCCUCAGAGUACAGAGGAAAAUGCAACUGAUUCUUCAGCAUCAGAGGCUCCAUCUGAAAGCUCACCAGCAUCUGAAGAGACUUCAGAAACUGCAGCUGAUGACACUUCAGCAACACCUGAGUCAACCUCUGAAGUUCCAAGCUCAUCAGAACCCUCAUCCUCAGAUGCUACAUCUGAAACUUCUUCUACAGAAGAAUCUUCUCCAGUCAGUGAAGCAACUGACACCCCAAGCAGUACAGCAAGUCCACUGGAACUGAAUUGUGAGUCAGAGGGCUACUUUCCUGUGGAAGGGUCAUGCAAGAAGUUCUACAGAUGUGUGGACCUCACUGGAGAGGGCAAAGAGUUUAAACCAUUCAUCUUUGUUUGUGGACCAAAAACAGCGUAUGACCCUAACCUGAAUGUCUGUGUGCAUCCUGAAACACUGCAACCCCCACAAGAAUGCCCUGAGGAUGGCAUUGCAGUACAACCUGAUCCAAGCACAGGAAUGGCUGAUGAACUUGAAGCUGGCGUGGCACCUCCAGUUGAGUGUACUGAAGAAGGCUUUUUCCGGAAUCCUGCUCAGUGCAAUGAGUUCUACAGAUGUGUGAACACCAACUCAGCCUUCUCAGCUUACAGCUUCACUUGUGGCCCUGGAACAGUUUUUGAUGACACUUUGGAUGUCUGUGUUAGAGAGGAAGAUGUGCAACCUCCUUGUGGAUCUGAGUCAUCAACUCCAGUUUCCUCAUCAGGAUCAGAUCAGGCAACAUCUGAAGCCAGCAGCACUGAGUCCUCUCAAGCUUCAUCAGAAGCUUCAAGUGAGGAUCAAACUUCUGAACAAAGCUCUGUCCCCACAGAUGUCACAGAGGCAUCAUCAGAAGCCACCUCUGAUUCAAGUUCUCCAGCUACUGAAUCAUCUUCACCAUCAUCAAUUGAUGCAUCAGAGUCAGAUGCUACCUCUGACUCCAGUUCUCCAGCUACAGAGGCAUCUUCACCAUCAUCAAGUGACACAUCAGAAUCAGAUGCCACUUCUGAUGCUAGUUCUCCAGCUACAGAGGCAUCUUCACCAUCAUCCAGUGACACAUCAGAAUCAGAUGCUACCUCUGACACUAGUUCUCCAGCUACAGAAGCAUCUUCACCAUCAUCCAAAUCUGACGCUAGUUCUCCAGCUACUGAAGCAUCUUCACCAUCAUCAGAAUCUGAUGCUAGUUCUCCAGUUACUGAAGCAUCCUCCCCAUCAAGUGACACAUCAGAGUCAGAUGCUACCUCUGAUUCAAGUUCUCCUCCUACAGAGGCAUCCUCACCAUCAUCAAGUGAAACAUCAGAAUCUGAUGCUACCUCUGACCAGAGUUCUUCCCCCACUGAAGCAUCUUCACCCUUAUCCAGUGAACCAACAGAGUCAGAUGCUACAUCUGAUUCCAGUUCUCUGCCUACUGAGUCAUCCUCACCAUCAAGUGACACAUCAGAAUCAGAUGCUACAUCUGAUUCAAGUUCUUCACCUACUGAAGCAUCUUCACCCUCAUCAAGUGAACCAACAGAGUCAGAUGCUACAUCUGAUUCCAGUUCUCUGCCUACUGAGUCAUCCUCACCAUCAAGUGACACAUCAGAAUCAGAUGCUACAUCUGAUUCAAGUUCUCCAGCUACUGAUGCAUCAGAGUCUACCUCAGUUGAAUCUUCAGCAUCAACUCCAGCCACUGAUUCAUCAGAUGCUUCCAGUGAACCAUCUUCUGAUGAGACAAGUGAGCCAUCAACUACAGCUCAGCCCAUGGUAAUGUUCUCCUUGAAGUGCGGAUCUGGUAAUAAACAACAGCAUCCUGUUCACUGCAAUCGUUUCUAUGAAUGCAACUUCAAUGGUUGGGACAUUUCCUUGGUGGUCAGUCAGUGUGACCCUGAUACAGUGUUUGACGAAGAAAAUCAGGAAUGUGUACCAGAAUUGGAUCUUAGAGGAGGAGUGAAGAAGAAUGGCUGCACCAUUGCAACUGGUCCUCCACCAGCAGCAAGGCGAAAGAGAAGGAACAUUGAAUCAUCCGAUCAUGCGCAUGGGUUCAUAUUCAACAGUUUCUUUAUCACUGAGGGGAAACCAAUUUACUGCAAUAAACCUGGACUCUUUUCUCUGGAAGGCGAUUGCAAUGCUUUCUACAGGUGUCAAAAUCACAGCAAUGCAGUCGUUGAAAUUCAAGAACAGCUGUAUCCAAGAGGGGAAAUUUGGAGAUGUCCUGAAGGCACUUCAUUCCAUGAAGAAGUGCAGCAAUGCAUGAAACCUCAGGUCCCAAGUUGUGUUGAUGACAACAAACUCUCACUGGUUUACAUUGAGUACAAUCCAACUGAGCUACAAAAUGCUCCAGUUGCACAUUGGGCAAAUUUUCAAUCAUGAGCGCUGAAAGCCUGGCGCUGGUUCUGUGAUGUCCUACUUCCUUAUGAGGCUGCUGCUAUGGGGUCACGGUAAUGCUGGAGGGGAAUAUGUGUAAUUAUUUCCAUGUGCCAUUUGGAGCUUCUGCAUGUUUCAAGUCUUUCUAAAAUUCCAUUCAACUGCAUGCAACCGAUUCAGAUCAAUUUUGAACUACAAGGCUGCCAAAAGCUGGACAAAUUUUGAUUUGUGUGUGAGUGACUGUGAUAGGGUGCUGAUCAUCAAAAUAUGCGGGAAAAAGUUUGCUCAUGUGUCUGUCUUUCAUGGAAGAGCCAUUUUCUAAGGCAUUGAACAGUAGGGGGAAUGCGACAUAAAUUGACGUGGUAUUCGCAUUCCCCCAAUGAGUGUGCAGAAGGAUGCAUAUAUUUUUUCCUCAGAAGCUAAUCUGGCAUUGCAUGAAGUUUCAAUGGUCUCCUCAGAAAUUUGCUGAAUGACGCAUUUGUGAAAUCGUCAAAAAAUCACCGUAUGUCUUUUGCCCUGGAAAUGUGAAUAAAAUGUUUCUAUCAAA